AAAAGAGAAAAUGUGUAUUACCAAAAUACACAUGAUCAUGCGUACGUGUGUGUGACAUAUAUAUAUAUAUACUUCUGCAUCAUUCUUUCCACACCUUUCAAGUCCUAAUUAACUGUUCUUUCUCUUUAGAUCUCUCUCAACACAAGUACAUACCUGACCGCGUACGCCAUGAAACAUUGGAUUAAAAGCUUUUGUUCUUUUGCUUUUGUCGUGUUACUCGUUUCAUGCCAUUCCAAAACGGAGCAAUUGAGUAUGUUAAUAGGUCAUGAAGAUCAUUAUUUACAAACGGGCAGCUGUGAUUUCUUCCGAGGAAGAUGGGUUCAUGAUGAUUCCUAUCCUUCGUACAACUCAACAUCCUGCCCCUUCAUUAUGAAAGAAUUUGACUGCCAGAAAAAUGGGCGACCUGAUACUGAUUAUCUCAAAUACAGAUGGAAAACUCGCCGUUGUAAAUUGCCAAGAUUCAACGGUCUGGAUUUCUUGAGAAGGUUUAAGGGGAAGAGAAUAUUGUUCGUAGGGGAGUCUCUAAGCCUCAAUCAAUGGAAAUCUCUCACAUGCAUGUUGCAUGUUUCAGUGCCCCAAACAAACUACACUCUUGAGAGAAAAGGUGCUCUCUCCACGUUUACUUUGCAGGAAUAUCGCAUUUCUGUGGUGCUAUCUCGCAAUGGGUUUCUAGUUGAUCUGGUAAAAGAAAAGAUGGGCGCAGUCCUGAAGCUGGACUCCAUUAACAAUGGUAAUGCAUGGAGAGGAUAUGACAUGCUUAUCUUCAACACCUGGCACUGGUGGCUCCAUACAGGAAGAAAACAACCUUGGGAUUACAUUCAACAAGGAGAUAGAAUACACAAAGAUAUGGAUCGUUUGGUUGCUUUCAAGGAGGGGCUCACUACUUGGUCAAAGUGGGUGGACUCUAACGUUGAUCCUAAAAUAACCAAAGUAUUCUUCCAAGGAAUUUCUCCAACCCAUUUUGUUGGCAAAGACUGGAAUUCGUCGAAGUCCACAACGUGCCAUGAAGAAACCAAACCCUUGAGGAGUUCGACAUAUCCAAAGGGUUCUCCACCAGCAGUAGCUGUUGUAAAGAGUGUGUUGAAGAAAAUCUCAACUCAUGUCACAUUGCUCGACGUGACUACAUUAUCUCAAUUGAGAAAAGAUGGACACCCAUCCAUUUAUGGCUUUGGAGGGAAAAGGGGGAACGAUUGUAGUCAUUGGUGUCUUCCUGGUGUCCCUGAUACAUGGAAUCAACUCUUAUACGCAACUCUCAUCACUCCAUGAAAUUCAAAAAAUAAUUAGAACUUUUUAACCAAACUGUAUUGGUAAUACGCAUACU